CUCUGGCUCCAUGAGAAGUGCCUCUUCUGCCCUCUAGUGGACACAUUCGGUAUUGUUUUGGACUUGAUGAAAUAAGUGGACCACUUCGAGCACAGCCUGGAUCUUCAUCUUUUAAYUGCUACAACGUAAUUACAGCAUCAUUUCUAGCUUUUUGGGGGAACAAGAAACGUGACAACAUUCAAGCAACAGAUAGGUUUCAAUAUAUGACGUAAUUGACUCCAUAAGGGAGUUUGAACGCUCAAUACGCGAUGGAGCUCUCUUACCAAUCGAUGAAAAUCGCUCACCAAGCUCGGGAAGCGGAGGAGCUGAGAACUGAGAAGAGAAAGAAGAACCUUCUUGUUCUGAUCUACCACCACUUAUUGGGACAGGGCUACUUGGCAGCAGCCGUGGCCUUGGACCAGGAGACAAAUGGUGCUGUGAAGAAGUUCGAGGUUUGUGAUAACAUCGAUCUGGAGAUGAUGCUGAUAGAGUAUGAGAGUUACCACUACGUCAAGUUCCAGAAAUAUCCCAAACUUGUCAGGAGGGCAGCAGAACCAGAUGAAAACAAGCCAAUAAAGAAUAGUGGAAUCAAGAAACGUUCCUGCUCAGCUGUGAAACCUCUUCCCAAAAUUGUCUCCCCCUCCGUUCCCAAGUCUGGAAAUGCAGCCAAGAGAACAGCUCCCAGUGUAUAUGAAAAUGUUGUCUCUGUGGUGCCGGAGUCAUCAGGGUUUGGGCUCAACAUUUCCUCCAUCAAAAAUGGGCCAGCUGGGGAUUCAGCCAUGGGCAGGAAGAUGAGUGACGGCAAAGCAACAAUACAUGAUGCUGUCAGAGGAUCAGGCUUUCACUCWGACCACAUGGAACGGCUGCUGAAGCCCCUCAGUGGCUUUUCUGGGAUGAGUGGUGAAUUGAAGGAACUGGCUKCARUCAUCAGUCGGGACAUCUAUUUGCACAGCCCGAAUGUGCGCUGGGAGGACAUCAUCGGUCUGGAGGACGCCAAGCGAUUAGUCAAAGAGGCCGUCRUUUGUCCCAUUAAGUAUCCUUGGUUGUUCACAGGAGUCUUAUCACCGUGGAAGGGCUUGCUGCUCUAUGGCCCCCCAGGCACAGGGAAAACGCUGCUCGCCAAAGCCGUGGCAACCGAAUGCAAGACGACCUUCUUCAACAUUUCCGCCUCCAGCAUCGUCAGCAAGUGGAGAGGAGACUCCGAGAAACUGGUCAGGGUUCUGUUUGAGCUGGCUAGGUACCACGCCCCCUCCACCAUCUUCCUGGAUGAGCUGGAGUCGGUGAUGGGACAGAGGGGAACCAGUUUGGGGGGUGAGCACGAGGGGAGCCGGAGAAUGAAGACUGAGCUGCUGGUUCAAAUGGAUGGCCUUGCGAAAUCUGAAGACCUAGUGUUUGUCCUUGCAGCCUCCAACUUGCCUUGGGAGCUGGACCACGCCAUGCUGCGGAGAUUAGAGAAGAGGAUUUUGGUGAACCUUCCCUCACCAGCUGCCCGCCAAGCCAUGAUGUCUCAUUGGCUGCCUCCUCUCAGCAACAUAGGAGAGCUGGAGCUACGAACUGAGCUGGACUAUGAAACACUAGCCGAGAGGAUGGAGGGAUAUUCUGGUUCUGACAUCAGAUUGGUGUGUAAGGAGGCUGCCAUGAAACGUGUUCGUAAACUAAUUAAAGCCCUGGAGUCGCAUCAGAACAACGCUGACGGGCCUGUGAUCCAGCUGGGAACUGUAACGACGGCUGAUUUCACGGAGGCKAUUUCACGCACCAAACCCUCAGCCAGAAACCUGAUGGACAGAUACACAGCCUGGGACAGAGAAUACGAGUCCGUCUGAUGCCAGUGCUUCCACUUCUAGUGAACUAAUAAAAAUUAUAUUGUCAAAA